AUGUAUGUUUCUUUAAAAAUAUCUUGCUCUAUGUAUUGACAAUGUAUACUAUACAUUCAUUGCUCAGCGAAAACCCACUCCCCGUUGACGGAUUUGACUUUGAUACAGACGUGUGACCGUGAUGAGUAUCAUGGCUUAUUGCUGCAGAGUGGAGUAUUCAAUAUUAGUGAUAGUCUGCCAGACUUAUCACGUGAUCAGGUCCCCCUCUGCUACAGCAAAAUGCGGAAGAAAACAAGGAUAACUCAAGACAUUUGUAGACAAGAGAUCACGAUUCCUGAUACUGGAGAAAAGUGUACCAUUUAUCUCCUUAUUGCAGGAGGAGAACGGCGCUUUGAGAGAAGCGUCAUCAUGGUCACAUCUCAACAUAGCGUCCCAUGGAUUAUAAUGUUGGUGAUCUGCAGCUGCACUGAGGGAUGUACAACCUUGAACGUUUGCCCCGGAACGCCCUGCUUUUGUACUAAUGCCACAGCAGAUUGUUCGGGGAAGAAUCUAACAGACAUAAAGCCUCUCGAUAAAUUGCCUUGCUCAAUCACAAGUAUAGAUCUAUCUGGAAACAAGUUCCGCUACAUCCAUGACAACUUUUUUGAACCCAUUGUUUCAUUGAAGAUUGAAACUUUGAUCCUCAGUCGAAGUACUGUGGUACAUAUAUCUGAUAAAGCAUUCCAACAUAUUCCCAAACUUGAGAAGUUGGAUCUGUCUAGAAAUGACCUUAACUACACUUCUAUACAGAAAGUGUUGGAUGGUCUAAAAAGUUGUGUUCAAAUUAGUGAUCUCGACAUAUCAGACGUGAAAAGGUUUAACCUUACCACGGAACUCCCCAUAGAUGCAUUUAAAAGUCUACACAGCAAUAAUGGUUCACUUAAAACACUUAGAUUGAGAAAGUGGGGGUUAGUAAACGUUAGCGGAACUUCAUUCAAAAAUUUAACUGAAUUACGAACUCUUGACCUGAGCAACAAUGAUAUUCUUGCGUUGAAAAUGGAGGGUCUAUCCAACAUUAAAUGCUUAAAUCUUACUCAGAAUGAGCUUUCAUCUGUUCCGGUUUUGUGCGAUGCAGAAAGAAAUUCGUAUGUUCCAUGCAUGGAGAGACUGUAUUUAGCGAUAAAUCACAUAUCAGACUCGCUUGAGUUCUACAGACAAGGUCACUGUUUGACGGAAUUAAAAUGCCUCAAUUUAUCAUUCAACGCAAUAAGCAUAUUCAAAAGUAAUUCGUUUUCAACAAUUAGAAGUUUGAAAGAAUUAUACGUGGAGAAUAUGCUAACGUACGAUUUAUCUAUUGAAGAAGACGCUUUCCAGUCAGAGUCAUUGGAAGCUUUGUUUCUUGGAAGCUAUAAAAGAGUAACGAAGGAAAUGUUACACUACAGAACUAUAUUCAGCAAGUGCCCAAAUCUUGUGGAAUUAGACAUGUCAAAAUUUGACUUUUCAAAUUUCGAGGACCAAGAUUUUCGCGAUAUGCUGUCUCCUCUUCUAAAUCUAGCCAACCUUACACUACGCCAGGCUUUACUGAAUUUUGUUCCAUACAUUUCGCAUUUAAAGAACCUACAUGUAUUGAAUUUAGAUAAUAAUUUUAUACGACAUAUUCACAAGGACACGUUUAGUAAUAAUUCCCACCUUCAUACUAUUCUGCUUCGGAAGAACCAGUUAACGUCCAUUCGAGAAGAUUCGUUUACAGAAGAAAUGUGGAAACAUCCAAAUUUGUCCAUAGAUGUAUCUUUUAACCCUUUUGCCUGUGACUGCGAUCUCGAAUGGUUUAUUCAGUGGUCACGCAUGAAUAGAGGACACGUAAAACAUUAUGAUUCAAAUCAGUGCGACUCACCAAAGGAGUGGAAAGGAAAUCAUAUACAUGAACAUCAAAAUAUUCUCAGAAUAAAAUGUAAUCCGUUGGACAGAGGAUUUCUUAUUGGUAUAACGGUGGGGUCCUUCGUAUUCAUUUUUCUGUUCACUUUUAUACUUAUUCGAAAGUUAAAAUGGGAUAUUAUGUAUCAUCUCCACAAUUGUAUGGGUGGACGACGGCGUAGAUAUCGGAGGUUCAUCAAUAAGGAUGUUAAAAAAUACGACAGUUUUGUUGCUUACAAUACGCAUGAUCGGAAGUGGAUUAUGUCGGAACUCGUUGAAACUUUAGAGAAUAAAGAAAACUAUAAGUUGUGUCUUCACGAAAGAAACUUUCUACCAAUUGGUUCCCACGUAGAUAAUAUAUUGGAAAAUGUUGAGGCUAGUCGAACAUUUAUAUUAGUUUUGUCGAACAAUUUCUUGGAAGAUCAAUGGUGCCAGUACGAAACAGUGGUAGCCAACCACAAGUUAGCAGAUGGGAAUAAGGACACCAUUCUUCUUAUUCUGUUGGAUGACAUUGAUUCAAAACAUUUUACAGUAGCACUGAAGACUUUGUUAAAAGAGGCCGAAAGUGUGGAGUGGACAACGAAUAUCAACGGGAAGAAAUUAUUUUGGAAAAAGCUGAGAAGGUUCAUGUGUGAUCACUAAUGACCUUUUUAGCUACAUAUUGUCACGUGUGUGUUCAUUCAUUCAAUUAAGAUAGAAGUAUAGUGUGAUUAACUUACACUCGUGAUAAUUUUUGUGGUUGUCAAUAUGUUACAAUAUCGUUGGGAUGUACAUGUAUUUGCAUGGAUGCCCAUUAAAACAUUGCAUAGAUAA